UUAUCUCAUGCUUUUCUGACACAGACCCCAAGAUCUGUAAUUAUCUUAGAGAAACUGCUGAGUCUCUGACACUACUUUGUAGUUCCUUUGGCGUUUUUCCCCUCAUUGCUCUUUGAGGCUGGGAAGCUUGUGUGUGUGAGUGUGUGUGUGUGUGUGUGUGUGUGUGUGUGUUCCUCUAGCGUGCCAAAAAAAAAAAAAAAGUGCUGAAGAGUCCUAGGGAGAUGAGGCUAUUUUUGUUUGAAGCUGAUACUUUGCACUGAGCCACAAGUGCUGCUUGGAAAAGGGCUUAGGUUGUUUCCAGGGGAGAACUCUGCAUGAAAGAGGUGAAGUUCAUCAGGCAGCAAAGAAACAGCAGAAACAGCCCGUGAAACGAAGCGCCCUUAGUGUUACCUCAGAGCCCUCCACCAGAGUUCUCCAACCCUCACAUAGUCUGCAAAGUGCCAUUUGCCCGGACCUUCUCACCUGACGCCUCCUCUCUACGAGCGCCAUGACCGAGAUCACAGCUGAAGGAAACGCAUCCACAACCACCACUGUGAUAGACAGCAAAAAUGGAUCUGUGCCCAGGCCCCCCGGGAAGGUGCUGAAGAGGACUGUCACUGAGGACAUAGUGACCACGUUCAGCUCCCCCGCAGCCUGGCUGCUGGUCAUUGCCCUGAUCGUCACAUGGUCAGCUGUUGCUGUCGUCAUGUUUGACUUAGUGGAUUACAAAAACUUCUCAGCAAGUUCUAUUGCCAAGAUCGGAUCAGAUCCUUUAAAACUAGUCCACGACGCUGUUGAGGAAACCACAGACUGUAUCUAUGGCUUCUUUUCUCUGCUAUCUGACAUCAUCUCAUCUGAUGGCGAUGAAGAAGAGGAAGACGGGGAAGAGGACAUUGAUAAAGGAGAAAUAGAGGAGCCACCCUUGAAAAAAAAAGAAAUACACAAAGAGAAAACUGAAAAGCAGGAAAAGCCUGAAAGGAAAAUACAAACUAAAGACGACAAGAAAGCAAAGACUAAAGAGAAGACCGAGGAAAAGACGCAGAAGGAAGUGAAAGGUGUGAAGCAGGAGAAGGUGAAGCUGCCGGCCAAGGUGAAAGACGGGCAGAGAGCCUCCCCGAAGCCUCGGGAGAAGGGCGGCAGGGAGCCCGCCGCGCCCCAGCAGGAUCAGACAGAUCAGUAUGCAUUCUGUCGAUAUAUGAUUGACAUGUUUGUCCAUGGGGAUUUAAAACCAGGACAAAGCCCAGCCACACCCCCUCCCGCACCGGCGCUGCAGGCUCCCUCGCCCGCUCCUGCAGCACCCACUCCUGAAGGGUGCACGGAUGCAAUUCAUUUGUACACCCAGGCCUGUCACUUGUUUAUUGGGCAAUGCGGUACCUUGGGCAGAGCAGGCUUCCACGCUCUCCAUGAGGGUCCUGGCCUCCACAUCACCCACUCAAUCUCUUGGCUCCUGUGACUGAGAAUUACGUGAGGACACCUUCCUCUUGAUAUAGGAUUUCUUAGGUCUCUGCUCAGCCCUGUUCUCUGAGUCAUCUUGGUGGUCAUAAUGGUUAACUCAGAUGAGGAAGCUUGAACAGCGUGAUGUUUCUCACAACCGGGAGGGGAGAAAUCUAAACUCAGGGUCCCAGCUGGACCAGGUGCUGCAGAGGCUUCCUGCCUGUUGCCAUCUUACUAUCCCUGCUCUGGUGGACAGCAGGGCAAGCUGGGAGGUCUGCUUAGCAAAGUACCGGCUCCCUACUCAUGCGCUCAGCCAACCCUAAUCAGCCCCUUGUCUUCUCCGUGUCCCUCGCAGGGCAUGUGGAGGGUCAGCAUUCAACAUGCAAGUUUGUGGUGAGGAUGCAUUUA